AUGAGCUUCUUCGGCUUCGGGCAGAGCGUGGAGGUGGAAAUCUUGCUGAAUGAUGCGGAGAGUAGGAAGCGGGCCGAGCACAAGACGGAGGAUGGGAAGAAGGAGAAAUAUUUCCUCUUCUACGACGGAGAGACGGUCUCCGGGAAGGUGAGCCUCGCUCUCAAGAACCCCAACAAGCGGCUGGAGCACCAGGGCAUCAAGAUCGAGUUCAUCGGGCAGAUCGAGCUCUACUAUGACCGUGGGAACCACCAUGAGUUUGUGUCCCUGGUGAAGGAUUUGGCCCGGCCCGGAGAAAUUAGCCAAUCACAGGCCUUCGACUUUGAAUUCACCCACGUGGAGAAGCCCUAUGAGUCAUACACAGGCCAGAAUGUGAAGCUCCGGUAUUUCCUUCGAGCCACCAUCAGCCGCCGUCUCAAUGAUGUUGUCAAAGAGAUGGACAUUGUAGUUCAUACACUCAGCACAUAUCCAGAGCUGAACUCUUCCAUCAAGAUGGAGGUUGGGAUUGAGGACUGCCUGCACAUUGAGUUUGAGUAUAAUAAGUCCAAAUACCACUUGAAAGAUGUCAUUGUAGGGAAGAUCUACUUCCUGUUGGUGAGAAUCAAAAUCAAGCACAUGGAGAUAGAUAUCAUCAAGCGGGAAACGACGGGCACAGGCCCCAAUGUGUACCAUGAAAACGACACGAUAGCCAAGUAUGAGAUCAUGGAUGGGGCGCCCGUGAGAGGAGAGUCCAUCCCGAUCCGGCUCUUCCUGGCGGGCUACGAGCUCACCCCCACCAUGCGGGACAUCAACAAGAAGUUUUCCGUGCGCUAUUACCUCAACCUGGUGCUGAUAGACGAGGAGGAACGACGCUACUUCAAACAGCAGGAAGUGGUGUUGUGGCGGAAGGGUGACAUUGUACGGAAGAGCAUGUCCCAUCAGGCAGCCAUUGCCUCACAGCGCUUCGAAGGCACAACCUCCCUGGGUGAGGAGGGAGAGGAGAGCCUCAGCAGAAGACUCUGCUACACAACUUCAGAAUAAUUCUGCUUGCCAAAUUAUGUCUUCACCUUCACCAGUUGGCUGACCAGACUUUAGGACCAUUGAUGUUUUUGUUUAAAAACAUACAGAAACUCUUGUGGGUAUUCUUGUUACAUGAAAGGAAAGGGGACCUUCCCUCUGUUGCACUGUGCUCGGGCCUAUUGGAGUAAAGGUGUUGACAUCCUUUUCUGCCUCAUCUGGAAAUGACCAAUUGGCCUUCCUUCCCUUCAGGCAGACCCCAUUGGCCAAUAAGUCCAAUAUCUGUGGGUCUGAGUUCUCUAUAGUUUGGAAAGCAGGGGGUUUUGUUCCUUUGUCAUCUUUUAGUGUGGAAAAUGGGGACUCCUCUUUUCCUCAGAAAUCAGUGUACUCGUGGGCCUCUGACUGGGCAGGGCUCAUGGGUCAGGACUGAGACUGGGGGGAGAAGACACUGGGAUGACACUAGAGGUUGACUGGGGACAGCAGAACCACAGAAGGUAAGGUGGCUCCCCCACAUGCUGGACCCCGAGUUCAGGUGCGACGGACAAUCUCAUGGGAAGAGAAUCAUCCAUCCAGCUGCCCCUGGAUUAUCAAGUUUGGAGUUUAAGGAUAUGGGGGAGGCAGAUUGUGUGCUCCUUGUCUUUUCCAGAUCAUGAGAUUAGGCUCUGGUGUGCCUCCCAUAACAGCUGGUAUUCUAACUAGAAAGUUCCUCUGCCUCCCUACUGAUAACCCAAAUUCAUUUUCCAACUUUCCUAACAUCUUAAACUUUUUUUUCUGGGAGAACUAGAAGAUAGAAUUUGCUUUUAUUCUCUCAGGAGCUGUGCACAAGCCAGGUCUUCUGUUUUCUCUCACUCUGCCCCCAUUCUCUACUUCUUUAUGCGACUGUGGAAGUGAGAGGAGGGACCGCCCCCUCCUUUAAAGGUCCCCAUACCUGGGAGUGCAUAGGUACUAAACCAAGCAGUGCAACUUGUAAUUAAGCAGCUGCAGUGUUUACAUGUUUCUUAAUGUGUCGUCUUUUCAAUGGCUGUAUUUUAAAAAAAAAAAAGAAGAAAAAAAAAGAACACUUGUUUCAAUUGUCUCUCUGAUUAAAGGAAGCCCCUGUGGCUUGGAGGCAUUGUGCCCAUGGUCCACCA